CGUAAACGUUAUGCCGUGUACGUGCGGUUAUCGGCCGUUUUUUUAUUUUGGAUUUCCAUUCAAUCGGAUUAUUCGACUGGUAGCGUUUUUGGAAUGAUUUUUGUACCGAAAAGUUGGUGAAAAUGGAUAUGAGACCCAUUUUUGGUGGAUACCCCUUUCAAGGCCAAGGAAGAGUCAACCAGCUAGGCGGCGUCUUCAUCAACGGCAGGCCUCUACCGAACCACAUACGAUUGAAGAUAGUGGAAAUGGCGGCGGCCGGCGUCCGGCCCUGCGUCAUAUCCCGUCAAUUGCGCGUCUCCCACGGCUGCGUCUCCAAGAUCCUGAACCGCUACCAGGAGACGGGCAGCAUCAGGCCCGGCGUGAUCGGCGGCUCGAAGCCGCGCGUCGCCACCGUCGAAAUCGAGGAGAAGAUCGAGCAGAUGAAGAAGGACCAGCCGGGCAUCUUCUCCUGGGAGAUCCGCGAGAAAUUGAUCAAAGAAGGCGUCACAGAUCCGCCGAGCGUUUCAUCUAUAAGCCGAUUACUUCGAGGCGGAAGUCGAAGGGACGAUCCCGAUUGCAAGAAGGAUUACACCAUCAACGGCAUCCUCGGCGGUAAAGAAGAAGACAGCGACAUCGAUUCCGAACCGGGAAUACCAUUAAAACGGAAACAGAGGCGCUCCAGGACGACUUUUUCCGGUGAACAACUGGAAGCUCUGGAACGAGCUUUCACCAGGACUCAGUACCCCGAUGUAUACGUGAGAGAAGAGCUCGCCCAACAAACGGGACUCACAGAAGCCCGAAUACAAGUGUGGUUCUCGAAUCGCCGAGCCCGCCUGCGCAAAGGCUCCACGGGCGCCAGCCCCUCUUCAGCCUUGGGCUUCCCGGUACUUCCGUGCCAGUACCCGCGGGAAUCGCAGUACGAUUGGCGGAACGCCCAAUUCUACAACUACAACGUGCAAUCGUCGUACAACCAGGAGUACUCGGCGCUGUUGGAGUCGAACUACGCGCUGGCGCAGGCGCACAUCAGCCAGGCGCAGGCGCAAAUGAGCCAGGCGCAGGUGCACAAGGAGAACUACGUGCAGGCGCACGCGCAGGCGGCCAACGUGCGCGUGAAGGACGCGGAGGUGUACGAGGCCGCGCACACGGCGAUAGCGCAGCAGGAUAGGAUGAAGGACUGCGGCGUGGGUUAUCACAAUCCGGAGGCGAGCAGGCCGGUGGGAAUGAGCAAGGAGGUGGAUUUGAGUAACGAGGCGUCGGGCAGUAUGGAGGGCGCGUGGGAGAAGGUGCCCGAUUGGAAGCACAACGCGAAUUUAGUCAAUAUGGGGAAUUUCAGCGGCAACGAGCAUUUUCACAGUCAAUACCAGGCCGAUCAGAAGAACUACUGGGCAUGAGGCAAGUACGUAAUAAAUUAGGAUUAAGUUUAGAGUGUAAAUAUGAAAACAUUGGCGAGAAAAUAUAUUGAAAUGAAAUACAACAAACGAUGCUCC